UGCUCUCACAAUUUGUCGGUUGGAGAGCAAAUUUCGUCGAAAAACGUCCAACCGCAGAUCAAUCAUUGCUUCCAACCUCAAGCAUACAAUAUCGUUCAUCUAAUAGCUAGCUAGCUAGCUAGCUAGAUGAACAGCGAAAGUCUGAACAAGGAAGAGAUCCAGACGUGAGAUUUUAUAUUCAGCAUUGGUAUCCUACCGUAUUUAUCUAUCAUCAAUCACCUGAUGUUCACGAAGCAAAACUCUCAUUAGCCGUCAAGAUGCCACGCCGAAUCUAUACCAAAGUUGGUCAAGCUAGAACCAUUACCAGUACACCACGUCGUCACCUUGCUUUGCUUCCCUUGGGGAUCCUUGCUGGUUGCAUGCUGAUAUUCUUCCCUCGUGAAAUGGAACACGCAAGAAGGGCUCAGAGCGCAGCUACCAUCGAGGUAUCCAAAAACAUUUCUCAUCCUACCAUCACUCCUUCCAGACUAGUCAAGCGACACAAAAAUUGCACGCUCCACAACCAAGACUUUGAAUGUGGUCCUGUGUAUAACGUUGGUGGCGCCAAUCAAACCAGUUACAGACAAGCCCUCUUGGAUGCUGGCAGUGGCGCGAAUGCCAAUGACGUUUGGAACUCAUGGUUGUUGCAAGGACACAACAACAACAACAAAAGCACAUACCAAACACAACGACCAAACUCACGGACCAUGAAGCUAGUCUUGAUGACCAUGAAUGAGUGGCCUUUGAUUGCUUGGUGGACUUUUUAUCAUGGGGAAAUGCUGGGAUUUGAAAAUUUGUACAUUAUUGACAGCAGUAGUGACAGCCGCUGCGUCAACUUUCUCAAGCAAGUCAAAGACCAAUACAAUAUCAAUGUCAUUUUCUCGGACAAGGACUUGAAUGGCGUCAUUGGGGAUAUCUAUCACGUUAUGAACUCCAUCAGUGUCGCUUCGGAUCUUAUGAUCAAAGUGGAUACGGAUGAGUUUCUCGCCGUGGUUCCAAACACACCCGCAUGUCCGGAUCAUGGUUCUCUCCGAAUCCAAUCAACAACAGACUUGAAUGAGUCAUGCCGUCUGACCCCAUAUGGCGUACAGGAGUACCUUGACGGCAGCUCUCUUCCUCUGGACGGAAGCAAGUUAAAGGUUGGGUUUGUUUCCUAUUCGGUACCUGACCAAGAAACUUGCCAAAGUGAAAGCAAACCAAAUGAUCCGGCCCAACUUGGUUAUUCCGAAGCUGCUCCAGUGGACUUUAAAGUCAUCUUUGAUUCACGUACAUUUGAUUGGGUCGACUUGGGAUCACACUCUGGGGCAACAUUGUCUCCCUUUACGGAUCAAACCCCUCAAUUCACAGCACUCGGCAUGUUCCAUUUGCAUUCGCGAUGCUUUCCCAUGGAAAUCGAAUCUAGCCGGCAAGCGACCAUCCGGCACGGGCAUAUCGGCAAGGAUGAUACCAACGAUGUGGCCUUGGCCAAAUUUCGAAAGCGCCUGAGGCGAGGGUAUCCAACCAAAGAAAACAACUGUACAGAGCCAUUGGUACGGUGUCCCGUUGUGAGCUGUCACAAGAUACACCAGCUCAUGCAGUACAUGCUGUGCCCUGAAAUAACGGAACAAAGGUACUACGACCGUCCAGCAGGCAGUCCAAAUGCUGAACUGGUCAAGUACAUUCAACAAUUGAAGGACAAGUACCCUCUGCCCCUGUAAUAGCUUCUGGUGCGGACUGGUACAAUCAUCAUGAUAAGAUAGAUUUGAAGAGUUUACCA